UACAUAACAGUUUCUGAAGAAAUGUAUCAUGGCGGUCACUGUAUACAUAACCGUAUGUAUAUAGCGCAAUCAAAAAAAAUGAAUAAUACACGAAAAUGAAUGGCAUAAACGACGAACAGUGAUGAAUUCAGUCGAAAACGGGGCUCUCAGAGUUGAACCAACAACCCGGCAAAGAAGAUAGUCAAAUUAACUCGGGUGUGUUUAAAACGCGCUCAAAAUUGGAACAAAAAUAGGAGGAAAAAGUGUCCCCCGAUCAAUUUUAAUUAUAAAAUUGAUUUGUUUUAACGAUGGCUGAUGCGAAUGGUCAACAAACGGUCGAGUACCAAUGGGCUUACAAUAUCGUAGAUUCAAGUCGUGUUUCAACGUUUUUAAUUUCAAUGUUGUUGAUAGUUUACGGAUCGUUUCGAAGUUUAAACAUGGAACAAGAAGCUCGAGAUAGAGCCGCCGGAACAACUAAUUGUUUGUUACAUCCCACAACGCAAUUACAAUCUGAAACGAACGUUCAAACAUUGGAUACGUUGCAAGCACUUUGUUUACCAUUGGGGGCGAGCAUAUCGUUGUUGGUGAUGUUUUUCUUUUUCGAUUCGAUGCAAAUGUUGUUUGCUAUUUGUACGGCAAUAAUAGCAACUGUAGCACUGGCAUUUUUACUCCUCCCAAUGUGCCAGUACAUAAUCAGACCGUGUUCGGAUGGCAAUAAAAUCUCUUUUGGAAUGUGCGGCCGAUUCACCGGAGCCGAAUUAUUAUCGUUUUCGCUUUCAGUGUUUAUCGUUUGCAUUUGGGUGUUAACAGGUCAUUGGUUAUUGAUGGACGCGAUGGGGAUGGGUUUAUGCGUAGCUUUUAUAGCAUUCGUAAGAUUACCGAGUUUAAAAGUAUCUACGUUACUAUUAACGGGAUUGUUAAUAUAUGAUGUAUUUUGGGUGUUUUUCUCAUCGUAUAUUUUUAGCACAAAUGUUAUGGUUAAGGUUGCAACAAGACCCGCUGAUAACCCCGUUGGCUUGGUAGCUAGAAAGCUUCAUUUGGGGACUGUAGCCAAAGAGGCCCCAAAGUUAUCUUUACCGGGGAAGCUGGUUUUUCCUAGUAUACAUAAUUCUGGUCAUUUUAGCAUGUUGGGUCUUGGUGAUAUCGUCAUGCCGGGAUUAUUGUUGUGCUUCGUUCUGAGAUACGAUGCGUACAAGAAAUCGCAAGGUUUGACCGGAUCGCGCCUGACCUAUUUUCACUGUUCAUUACUCGGCUAUUUCCUCGGUCUCUUAACUGCUACAGUUAGCUCGGAGGUGUUUAAAGCCGCCCAACCAGCCCUUUUAUAUCUUGUGCCCUUCACGCUGCUACCUUUAUUAACUAUGGCCUAUUUAAAAGGCGAUUUGAGAAGAAUGUGGUCUGAGCCGUUUAAAUCCUUCACAACAGCAAAACACUUGGAGGUGUGAUAGAAAAAA